UUUUGAAAAUAAAUUAUUUUCAUCAAAUAGCUCUCGUUUUCGCUUUUGUAUAACGCCAUAACCUCAAAUAAACAGUUUUCAUUACAAAUGUAACAACAAACUCUAAUUUACUAAAUCUGUAUUUGUAUAAUGUUAGAACGAUACAGGGUUAACGACUCCCUCCAAACAUCUAUGGUUUCUCGGAAGGUUGCCAAAUCCAUGUAGGUUGUUAAAAUAUUCUACGAACUUCAAAAUAUUUCAUACAUAAUACUUGAUAGUUCAAUAACCCAAGAAUAAAAACUGUAUACAAAUUAUUUGUUACAAAAGAAGAUCCUCUAUAGCACCUGGUCACCAAAAACACGUCGGCAUUACAGGGUUAAUAGGCUUAGCGCCGCGACAAGUGUGUAUGUUUGCAAAACGUAGACUAUUUUUUGCUGAAAAUUUCUAUCUGGAUAUAAGCCAUCUGCGCCACACAAACUUUAGUAUUUUCUUUGAAGUCACAACGAAGAUGACGCGGUUUACGAAAAUAAAAUUAAUUGUUCUUAUUGUAGUUGUAAGUUGGGUUAAAUCACAGGAGUAUAUUGAGAAUCUACACGACUCAAAGUAUGGAACACACAUCAAAGAAAUACCUAAAUCAUUUGAAGUAAAAGGCAGCGAUGCAAACUCACAGUUCCAGAAAUUCUUUGAUCAGAUCCAAGAAGUGGCCAGACAAGAGAACCUUUCAGUUUUAUACAAAGUGAAAUUAGAAAUACAGAAACCGACGAAGUAUCAUUCAAAGAGGGCGGUGAUAAAGAAAGGGAGAUCGAAGAAGUACAACAUACCAUUGAAGAAAACGAGUAUGAAGCUGUCAAAUUUCGAAGUGUGGCUGAGGAAAAUGGCCGAGCAAUCAGGGAUGAGCAAAAACGGCCACGCGCAGAACUUCGAGAUGUAUGCGCCAGUGACGACGGAAGGGGAGAAGUUGAUCACAACCACGAAACAAAUACAGCUCAAGUUCAAACCCAUCAUAUCGAAGACUAAAACGAAUUACACCAAAUUCGUGAGGCCCGUACGAAACAGAAUUAUAACUCUCACUAAAUAGGUUUAACAAUUAAGAACAAUUAAAUAUUUAGGUAGAUGAUGUAAAUAAAUUUAUACGUUAUAUAAAUUUUUGUUUUCGUUUAUUAUCCACCUUAUUAUUCUUCAUUUUUAACCGCUAACAUAUUUGAAAUCGUCAAACAUGAAAGCAAUAAUUUUAUAAGGCAGCUAAAGUUGCAGAUUUUACUGCAUGUUAAUUUAAUUAACUAUUUAAUUUCCACCUUUUGGCAUCUAAACUACCUAUAUUGAGUACAAAGCACAUAUUGAGACAUAGUGGUACGAUACAUAGUCGUAAGAUUCAGUGACGUUUUAUUUUCCAUCGAAACAAACUUAAUACCAAAAUGUAGAAAAGUCUGAAGUCUAAGUCAUGUGACUCAUUGAAAAGGAAUUUUAUUACCGCACAUACAUUUUUCGCAUCGCAAUAUACGGUCUGAACUGUUCAGCUAUAGAACUGAGCUAAUUCCUUCAACAAAUACCUAUCCAGCGAAACAGUACGAAAUCCCAAAACCGAAUUACAAAUUCAUUCUGUUCAACAUUUCGAAGCUUAUUCUUUUUCCCUCAUUGUUUUAUUCCCACAAUUCGUGGAGCGGCUGUGGUCAAGCCGUAAAAAAUCUUGCAAUAUGCAGUUCUGUAGCGAAUUCUUCUCACGGUCAGUAAUAAAAACUGUGCGGUCUAUCAGUUUUGUUUCUCUCACCAGGGGCCCCGCUUAUGAAACAUAUUUCAGCCAAAUCGCCGAACAUGAAACCCGGAAGAUAUUUGGAGACGAUAGAUUUUAUUUAUUACUUUGUUCGUCGUGUUUUGUUUUUUGUGGAACUUUUGAGACGGUACCAAUUUUAUACGUUGUGACAUAUGUAACGGAGUUGUUCAGGGGUUAAGAGAAGAAAGUUAUGCAGUAACUCAUAAAGAUAAAUAUGAGUGGCUGUUUACAUAAUAUAAUAUGUAUGUACUAACUGCCAACCUAAGCAGUAUAUAGUCCAUUUAAACGAGCAUAUACUAAACAGCUAACUUGUGUAUAACUUACAACUGGAGAAUGUGGCUAAUGUAGUUAUAUAUGAUCAUGAAUGAUUAAAAGAAAUGAUUUAAAAACUAUAACAUCAGCUAUACGUCAGUAUAAAACCCCUGAAAUAUUUAAAACCAAUACCUACACUUCA